CUGAUCUCGAAGACUGAUGCGUAUACUUUCUCCUUUUAAUUUGUCUUAGGUAUCCGGUCAUUGUAGUGAAUGCACUCGACGAGUGUGGUGAAUCUGGUGAUCCGUUUCAGGAGUCUCAACGAAGGGCUUUAUCGGAACCCUUCACGCAAUGGUCCAUGCUGUCCCAAGCAUUCAAACUAAUCAUCGCUAGUCGAGAUGAUCGCAUCCCCCCGGAUUUUUGUGAAGCCUGCCAAGAUGUCGUUUUACCAACCGGCGACCAUGUGACACCUACAGCCACCGCUGAUAUUAACACGUCUAAUAUGAAACGUUUUAGUGAAGUAAAGAAGAAGUUCCGCUCACUGCGAACCACAAGUAGGCCUGGACCUCAGGUUAUUCAGCAACUCACCACUCGUGCAGCGGGUCUCUUUAUAUGGGCAGAGACCGUAAUGCGGUUCAUUGGUCGAGGUGACCCGCAACAUCAGUUGUCAUUGAUCAUUUCUGGGGAGUCUUUAGAUGACCAGCAUAACGUCAAUCAUCUUUACAGGCAAAUAGCCACAAAUGCGCUGGCGAACAUCAGAGGUGGUGACGUGGUGCAACCUUUACUAGGAGUAUAGUAUUUGCGAAGGUUCCACUGCCACGCCAAUACCUUAAAGAUUUCAUUGUCACUAGCGGCCUAGUUGCAGAAACGGCAAUCGAUCUUGUACUAGAUGAGCUGUCGUCAGUGAUCUCAUUGGGCAAGGACGAAGUGGUUCGCAUCUAGCACCUAUCAUUUGUGGAGUUUCUUUUGGAUUCGGACUGGUGUCCUGAUGCAUUUCGUAUGACCAGUUAAUAGCUGGCCCGUUUCAUUGCCACGCUGACUCAGAUGAAGACAUAU